AUGACGGUCCCGGCACUAAGAGUUACCGUAGACGGCGACAACAACAAGAUAUACCAAGCAGGAGAAAAGGUCAAGGGUCAAGUCUGGUUAGCAGUAGAAGAGCAAAAGGAGGUUGAAUCACUGAAGUUGAUUUUUGCUGGGAGUUGUAUUACCAAAACCACUAGGCCAGUGCAUACACAUGGCAACAACGAUGCCACUCCAUCAAGACAGACCUACGAAGAAAAGAUACGGCUAUUCAACCGAGAAAAACAACUGCUUUCCCACUGCAGACUUGGACCAAAGAAAUAUUCCUGGAAUUUUGAAUUCAUCUUCCCAGCUUCCACUGAACCUCAGUACAAACGCUCGACACAUGGAGACAGCUACCUCUGGGAACCACAUCCACUCCCACCGACAUUCAAUCUAAAAACAGACGCUCCAGACGGCACAGCCCAAAUAUCCUACUUCGUCCAAGCACGACUCAUCCUCUCCGGCUCCACAGAAACAAAGCGAAGCAAGCAACCCCUCCGCUACCACCCCAACCCCCCCACCUACUCCCUCUCCCGCUCCCGCUCCACCUCCUCCGUCCUCUACGGCCAAUCCUGGAAGCCCACGCGGGAAAAAGACGAAUCCCGCGUAAAAAAAGUCUUCUCGGGCGUCUCCAUGAACUCCACUCCCCGCAUAGUCCCCACACUCUACCACCCCAUCCGCGUCGGCCCCGGCGACCACAUCCCCCUCUCCCUCAACCUCCUCAACGCCCGCGACCCCGCCAACCACGCCGCCCGCCACUGCACCAUCUCCACCCUCUCCGUCACCAUAUCCACCUACUCCACCACCAUGUGCGGAAACUCAACCGCCUACCCCGAAGACAGCGUCGCCAAACACGUAACCUGCAUCUCACGCUCCAACAUGCAAACACCGCUUCCCUUCAACAAAACCCUAGCCUUGACCUCGACUUCCUUCCGCCUCCUAGACGACGCAGAAUGCAUCCCCUCGUUCAAAACCUACACCGUAACCCGCCGCUACACGCUAGGCGUUACAAUCGGUAUCCAGUACAACAACCAGACCUUUGAAGUCAAAUCCACCACGCCCCUCGAGAUCCUGCCCCGCACACGCAGAGAUGUCGCGUCGUCGUCGCCGUUGACGCCGCAACAGCAGCAGCAGCACCACGAAGAAGACCUGGAUCCAGAGCCCCUGCCCGUAUAUAGUCCCAGCGUGCCAGACAGGGAAUACGCUCCGCAUUACGAAGAUGUCUGCAGUGCCUUGCUGAGGGUGCCGUCCACUGCCGACUCCGUGCUUUCGAGGCUCGAAUCCAGGAGUUCGAGUUUGUUCUCGAGGGCCUCUGAGGGGGUUAGUACGGUGGCGAGUACGCCGGGCGUGGAGGUCGAGCAGAUGGGGGUUUGA